AUGUACCUCCUCGACACUACUACCGGGGAACUCGAGCUCGUUGACGGCCCCGGAAAGGAACGCUACGCAAUCCUAUCCCAUCGCGUCUCCAUCCUGCCCCGGGCGUCCGCGAAGAUCCGGGACUGCUGCGAAUACGCACGGCGGCGCGGGUUCAAGAAGAUCUGGAUCGACACGUGCUGCAUCGACAAGAGCAGCAGCUCGGAACUGUCUGAGGCGAUCAACUCCAUGUACGAGUGGUACGGCGCGGCGGACGUGUGCUUCGCGUACCUGUACGACGUCAGCGACGCGGAGAACCCGCGGAAGACGCACGCGUCGUUCCGCCGGAGCAGGUGGUUCAGACGCGGGUGGACCCUGCAGGAGCUCAUCGCGCCGCGGUCGCUCGAGUUCGUCUCCAAGGAAUGGCGCUUCAUCGGGACGAAGGCGAGCCUGGCGGACGUUGUCGAACAGGUCACUGGGAUACAGAGGGAUAUCCUCACCCACGAACGGCCACUGGACUCCGUCAGCGUGGCGAGGCGGAUGUCGUGGGCGUCGCGGCGGGAGACCAAGCGGCCCGAGGACGAGGCGUAUUCGCUCAUGGGCAUUUUCGGCGUGAAGAUGCCCACGAUAUAUGGCGAGGGCCGCGCUGCGUUCCUGCGGCUCCAGGAGGAGAUCCUGAAACACAUCCGCGACCAGUCCAUCUUUGCGUGGGGGUCCAUAUUCGGCGUAUCGACAUAUGGAAGCUCGCUCAGAUGGCAGUUCGAGUACCGGGACGGCUUCGACCCCUCUGUGCUGUUUGCUCGCUCUCCUGCCGAGUUUCAGUACUCCGGCCACAUAGCACCGGUACCUCUUGACCGGCUCGAGGAGCGCCUUGGGAUACUUGGGGAGGUGCCGGACUACACCAUCACUAGCUAUGGUGUCCGCUCGUCCUUCCCCUCUAUCGUCAUCAACA